UUAGGGUUUGUGGAUAGGCUAUGGGAGUGAGCGAAGGGGGCGAAAUCUUGUCACAGGAGUUCCCAGCGCUUGAGAGGUAUGUGGCAGUGGAAUCGAUCGGCCGCGGGAAGUAUGGCAAGGUGUUCCUGGCCACGGACAAGCAGACCAGCGAGCGCGUGGCAAUCAAGCGGCUAAGGGUCGACCCCAAAGAGGCGACGCUAAAGGUCAGAGAGGCCGGCGGCGAGCUGCGCGAUGUGCCGGCGUCGAUUGCCAUCGAGAUCAAGGUCCUCCGGCUGCUCAACAACGAUCACGUUGUCAAGCUCCUGGAUGUGAUCUACGCGGCCACCGACAUCUUCCUUGUCUUCGAGUAUAUGAAGCACGACCUUUGUGGGCUCAUCCACCGGCAUAAGUUCUCGGCCCCGGAGAUCAAGUGCUACCUCAAGCAGAUCCUCGAGGGCCUCCACUACUGCCAUCUCAAUGGAGUGAUGCACAGGGACAUCAAGUCGGCCAAUCUCCUGGUGAGCGGCAAAGGGGUGCUCAAGCUCGCCGACUUUGGCAUGUCCACGCCCAUCCCCGAGACGCCCCGGCCGCUCCACUGUGGAGUAGUGACGCUUUGGAACCGGCCGCCGGAGCUCCUCCUUGGGUUCUCGUCCUACGGCCCCGCCGUGGAUAUGUGGUCGCUGGGCUGCGUCUUCGCGGAGCUGCUCGUCUGCCAGUCGAUCCUCCCGGGCAAGGACGAGAAGCAGCAGCUGUCCUGGAUCUUCAAGAUGUGCGGCACUCCGGACGAGACGAGCUGGCCGGGGGUGUCCAAGUCGCCGGUUUACGCGAAGUUCGUGGCCGAGAACGGGAAGAAGCCGCGGCGGCUGCGCAAGGCGUUCAACAACGUGGACCCGAGAGCGCUGGAUCUGCUCGAGCAGAUGCUGACGCUCAACCCCGAGAAGCGGAUCACGGCCGAGCAGGCGCUGCUGUCGGACUACCUGUGGACGGAGCCUCUGGCUUGCGCGCCGGCGGAGCUGCCGAUCUCGCACGAGGCGUGCACCGAGAUGAGAUCGAAGCUGGACAGAAAGAAGCAGCACCAGCAGCCGCAGCAGCACCAGCAGCCGGCAAAGCGAAAGCUCGAGAGAGUGGAUUCGCUCAAGCGCAGGCCGCCGACGCCUUCUUCUGUGAAAAAGGCGAAGCCGAGCAGUCACGGAUCCUCCACCAUCGCCACCGCCACCGCCGCGACUGCGAAGCGAGACGAGCAGCAGCAGCUCAAAGCUUCUCCCUCUCCAUGGCAACGAUCGCAGGCCCCGACGCCAAAGCCAUGGGAGACGGCAACGCUGGCUUGCUGAAAAAGACUAGAUGUAGAAGCAGAGUGUAUACUACCUCCUAUUUAGCUCGCAAUAGGCCCUCCGCGCGAUUAUUUCCCCGUGGUGGUGAUACGUUACGAAAAGAGAAAAAUCUGAUACGAAAAAAAAGCGUUUGUGGCGCUUAAUUUUAUAAGCA